UCAACUUUGGUUUAGAAAUACCUUUUUAUUUUGUUUAUUGGUCUACAAGUCRCGACCGUCGUUGACAUAUAAUCUGCUUACUGAACCCCGAAAGCCUUGCAAAAUCAGCCGAAUACAUGUACAUCUGUUUGAAGCGUACGUACGUACUCUUGGCUAACUGGCUGGUUCUUGGCUGUCACAACUGCAAACUUGGUCCUCGUAUUUCUUGCCUAUGGUCUAGUUUCCGAUAAGUGGUGUUUCUGUAUUCGAGAAAGUUCUUCAUUUCAAAAUCUCCAUAGGAUUUGACUUCACUGAAUGAGCGCCUAGAUCGUAGUUAAAGUCUUGUCUCCGAUAAGUGGUGUUUCUGUAUUCAAGAAAGUUCUUCUUUUCAAAAUCUCCAUAGGAUUUGACUUCGCUGAAUGAGCACCUAGAUCGUAGUUAAAGUCUUGUUUUCGAAACCUGGUGUUUUUGUACUCGAGACGUUCUUCAUUUCAAAAUCUCCAAAGGAUUUGACUUCACUAAAUGAGCACCCAGAKCGUAGUUACAGCCAGUCGCGUUACAAGAUCAAUUAAGGUUGACUUUUUCCUCAGUAUAAAAGUUGGAAUUUUGCGAGCAAAGACAUUGAGUACAGCAGGCCAAUUCCUAGCUCCACGAAUUGCUCACGAAUUACGCCGCUAUGGAUAACCUCACAUCUAAUUUUUCCAACCCAAACCACAAGUCAGUGACCAUAAAAUCUGAAGCCCUAUCCAUCGUCAUGCUCAUAUCAGUCAUGGCACUCGGAAUGUUUGGCAACAUCCUUGUUAUUGCCUCUUUCUUUAAGUUCCGUUACUUAAGAAUGGUGACGAACUAUUUUCUAGUGUCCUUGGCAGUAGCUGAUCUAAUGCUUGCAACGUUUUCAAUGCCUUUCUGGUUGAUGAUACGAAUGGCCGAUCUCGUUCGCGUCCCGCGGGAUAGACUAGAUUACAUGAUAAUGUACUAUUCAUGGCAAUAUCUAGAUAUUCUGUGUAGUACAGCAUCUAUAAUGAACUUGUGCGUCAUCGCUAAGGACAGACACAUGGCUAUCGUUUCCCCUUUGAGGUACUACGCUAAAAUGACGCCGAAAAGAGCGCUUAUCUCCAUCGCUGUUGGUUGGACGUACGCGGCAGUUUGCGCGGGAAUUUCAAUGAUUUCAAUCGACCGAAACAUCCAACCCAUAGCUGGCCGCGUUUACGCAGUGUUUAUUUCCCUAGCCGCUUUCUUUGCUCCCUUGUUGAUCAUACUCUUCUACUACGGUCGCAUUUUCGCUGUCGCUUUAACCCAAAUAAGAAGUAUUUCCCACCAUGGAUCCCUCGUUUACGGAGCUGAAAAAGAGCGACGAACCUUGAUGCAAAGAGAGCUCAAAGUCUCCAAGACGUUAGCAAUCGUUGUAGGUACUUUUGUCGUCUGCUGGUCGCCAUUUUUCGUGAUUUUAAUUCUGUUUGCUGUGUGUAGUACCUCUUGUGUCUCGUCCGCAAGCGCUACGACUUACAUCGCUGCAAGCAAAUGGAUGCAUUAUUCAAGCACCACAGCCAACCCAAUUAUCUAUACACUGUUUACUAAGGGCUUUAGACAGGCUUUCAAAUCCAUGUUGAACUGCUCUGAAUGUAAGAGUAGGUGUUGUUGUUGCAUAAGGAAAAGGAUUAAGAAUCAGACGACGGGCAGUCAGAUGAAAGUAUGGACCUCCUACGAGUGCAGGAUGGAAGAGAAACAAGUUCAACAUUCUUGUUCUUUGCAUAUAAGUCGAUGAAGAAAGCGAAAAUAUCUGUACGAUUAAGAAUAGCGACACAGAACUAGCUGAGGAGAUGUAUAAGGCCCAAAAACUGAAUCCUUAAACGAUAUAGCGGCCAUCUUGGAUCGCAAGGCAUUAUGGGGCGUCCAGAGGCAAAAGAAAACAAUGAUGGCGGAUCUGUGACUUUAGUAGAUAGCAAAACAACUAAAGCGCCAAACAAAACAGAACAAAAUCAAACGAAAC